GGCCAAAGGGAACGCCGGGUCCUUCUCUAGGGCGGUCGCACAGGCAGCGGUUCUGUGGAGCCGGGCUUAGCCAACAUGUACUACAAGUUUAGCGGUUUCACGCAGAAAUUGGCUGGAGCUUGGGCUUCGGAAGCCUACAGUCCGCAGGGGCUAAAGCCAGUUUCUGCAGAAACACCGCCCAUCAUAUUUGCCACACCAACCAAACUGACCUCCAAUGUGACAGCAUAUGAUUAUGCUGGGAAGAACAAAGUUCCAGAGCUGCAGAAAUUCUUCCAGAAGGCUGAUGGUGUGCCCAUCCACCUGAAACGAGGCCUUCCCGACCAAAUGCUGUACCGGACCACCAUGGCCCUGACGCUAGGAGGGACCAUCUACUGCCUGAUCGCCCUCUACAUGGCUUCACAGCCCAAGAACAAAUGAUCCGGCCAGAGGGGGCUGGCGUGCUGUGCCACAGAUCCUGUGAAUUUUUAUCUCGCAUUAUUUGUUUUGUUUUUCCACUUGGAUAGUCUACUUAAUAUUUUUUUAAACAAAGGAAAAGAUAAGAAUACAGCAUUUUGGUUCGUAAGAUGCAGAUGGCCUGUCAGAUGUCAGAGUGCAUUUGACAGUUAAAGCUAUUGUUGAAGGAAAUGACCCUGAGCCAUAUUUGUGCUCCUGCUAUCCCUGGAGCUUCUGGAUGAAAGUUGCUCAGGAGCUCAUUGAUGGCUGUCAGUGCUCAGGGUCUCCGAGACUCGGACUGUGUCUAAGCAGGAACCACAGGAACCUUUCUGGGUGUAGUGGCUGAGGGAGGAAGACGAAAGCCAGAGGUCAAGCGUGUGGAAUGAGGGAUUUGAGUUAGCCACCUGGGGACUUUUCCACCAUGCAGUAAAAUGUUAAUAGGAAUUCGCACUCUGCCUCUAUUUAUUGAGCAUCAUUUGUCUUGCCCACAUCUUUAGUAGAAUGUCAUGUGUUUUUUCUGUCAUGGGAAAGAGCACCUGUCAGUGCCGCACCUUACACAGACAUCCCAGAAAGUCUCCUUGAACCAUGCUGUGGCUUCAAGUUAGGGUUUAUUUAACUGAAGGGUAAAUACAUGAAUAAAAAUUUUUAGUUUUAAAUGUA